ACACCACAACUAUCGCACACAUUAUUGCUUCAUCCGCAUUCCUCCCUCCCAUUGCAGAAAACAAGACGACCCUGUGAUUCAAUAUUGAAACACUUAUCACUCUAAUAUCCUCGCCCUUAAGACCCCUUCGUCCGCCCCCUACAGUCCACCGGCGCAUUCCAAGCCUCCUCGCUUUCUAUCCCGUCGCAUACUCGCGCACAGUCGCAAAAGUCUUCCCGUCGCAUACCAAACCACCUCGCCAACUCGUCAUCGCAUCGCGCGACACUCAAUAGCCCACGACUGCAUACCGAUCAAAUCCCUCAAGAUGCUUAUGCCAUCCGCCUUCUCAUGCGACACGUCGCAGCCGCCUCUUACUCGACUCCAGGCGUCUCUCUUCGCAUCGCCUCCCUCGAGCCCUCCUACCCUGUCAACUAGCAGUGGCUUCGGCCACAUCUUGGACAGCUGCCGCUCUCUCCAAGCCCUUCUCUCAUCACCUCAGCAUCAGAACAUCCCCAGCGCCGCUCUCUCAUACGACGCGCCGCAACAAUACCUUCCCACGCCAUCUCAGCUUCCCACGCCGCCUCUCGCCCACGCCCCUGCUCCUCACAAACUGCGCCUGCGCUCGCGCGCAAAGCAGGAUGGCGCCAUCAACAACGAUCACCUUCCGCGCAAGCGCAUCGCAAAGCGCGCGCCGCCACGUGGUCUGAACAAGCGCCGGCGCGCCGCCGAUGAGGAGACGGGUCGUGAAGACGGUCUUCUUACGGACGAGGACGUCGAGAGCGAUCUCGACAUCUCAACUCAGCGUCAGUCUUUCGAAGCUACCAACGACAACCCCAUCCCAUCCAACCCUUCUACACCUAAACGCGCGCGCAUCGCACCAGAGGUGAUCCCUCUGGGCCUCGAGCGCUCCGACUACCACACACUGCACCUCCUCAACGGCGACGGUGUGAACAUGAACCACAGCAGCAUGGAAGCGGCAGGCGCACAAGACCCAACCGUGGAGGUCGAGGCCGAUGGAGAGCGGUGGAGCGCCGAGGAUGAUAGGAUACUCGUUGAGCUCGUGCUAGAGAAGCUGAAGCUCUCCAAGACGGAGUGGCAAGACUGCGCGCGCAGUUUGGGCAAGGACCGGAACUGCCUAUCACGGCGAUGGAAGAGCCUCAUGGUCCAGGGUGACGUCGGCCUCAAGGGACCUCGGAGGAGUAGCCGCAGGGCCAACCUUCACGGUACCUGGCGGUAAUUUACCCUGACCUUCGCGUCAUUGUCGACAGUCUGGAAAUUUACCAUUUCAUUUGUCUUGGGGAUCGAAUGUGGCGUUUUUACAAGUACCAAACGGUCAGAGCCCGGAAACGGCUUUUGUGGAACAUUUUAGGAGCGG